GUUGGAGUAGCAAGAUGGCGGCGUCGGGCAGAGUGUGGGGGAGGGUCGGGGCUGUGUCAGGGGCCCUGGCUGUCAGUCUGGGAACCUAUAGAGUCCAUGGAUGCAGAAGCAGCAACCGGGAUGAAUACCUGAAAGAGCUGUUUCUAACUGGGAACCAGUACCACUUCCUGCACAGCCUGGCCCUAUUGGCUGCGCCCCACUGCAGGCGCCCUCUGCUGGCGGGAUCUCUGCUGACAUCGGGGAUGGUUCUGUUCUGUGGGACGUUCUAUUACCACGCCUUGACCGGGGACUCCACUCUCACCAAGGCGGCACCUUUGGGAGGCACUCUUCUCAUACUGGGCUGGGCGGCCAUGGCCCUCUAAUCUCUGACCAAUCCUUCUCCCCCCUCCCCCUCCAAACUCAUAUAUUAUACAGUGAAACCUUGGUUAACGAGCGAUUUGAAAGAUGAGCAACUUUCUUUUUUUUACAACUCCUGACUCGGUUUGCCAGUGUUUCAAACCAAUGGGGUGUGCAGUACCGCAUUUGGCCAGAGGUGCGGGGAGGGCGCCGGUGAUACUCGGAAUGGUUCGGAGCCAUUCGGAAAUUCGUUCCCGGUGUUUGCAAGGGUUUUUGAGUUCA